ACUGCGGGACGUGCCGGGUUUUGGAGGAAGCCUCCGGAAACGUCACGUCUGCCAUAACUUGGGGUAUGCCUGAGCUCCGACUCGGGCCAUGGAGGUGAUUAUUACAGGCGGGCAAGGCUUCCUGGGCCAGGAGCUCUGCAGGUACUUGCUCCGAAAGGGCGAGUUGACAGAUUCCUCGGGCCAGGUGCAGCCGAUUCAGAGGAUCACGCUGCUUGAUACGCAGCCCCCGCCAAGCACCAGCAUCCAAGACCCGAAGGUGUCGUCGGUCACCGGCGACGUGGCCUCGAUGGGCCCGCUGCCGGUUGGCCCAUUGUCGGUCUUCCACUUGGCGGGGGUCAUGAGCGGAGCCGCAGAGAAGGACUUCGACCUGGGUUUGCGUGUGAACCUCGAUGGCACCCGCAGCCUUCUGGAUGCCUGUCGAGCACGAGGAGCGCCGGCGCCCAAGUUCAUCUUCACCUCCUCCAUCGCGGUCUUCGGAGAGACCUACGGGGAUGGCGCCGUAGGUGACACGGACAAAGUUGUUCCCAAGAACACCUACGGAAUGACGAAGGCAUGCGGCGAGCUGCUGGUGAAUGACUACACCAGGAGAGGCUUCGUGGACGGGCGCACGGGGCGGCUGCCCUCGGUGGUGGUGCGGCCGGGGAAGCCCAACGCAGCCACCACGAGCUGCUACUCAGGCGUGAUCCGGGAACCUUUGCACGGCGUGGACGUGGCUUUGCCAGUGGCGAGGAAUUUGCCCCAUCCGGUCACCAGCACCAGGGCGCUGAUUGCGAACUUGGUGAUUUUGCACGACGCCACGUGGCCGAAGGAUCUGGUGGACCGCGCCUGCAACCUGCCGUCCCGGGUGUGCACUUUGCAGCAGCUGGUGGACGCGCUCUAUGAGGUGGUGCCGAGCUCGGAGCACGGGCGUCUGGGCAAGAUCUCGGACCAGGAGGACGAGUUCCUGUCCGGCGUGGUGCGCUCCAUGGGCUCCCACGUGCGGCACCAGCGCGCGGAGAUGCUGAGGAUGGUGGAAGUCCCGGCGCUGCCCGUGGUGGUGCAGGAGUUCCUCGAGGACUUCGGGGAGAAGACGGUGGUUUCGAACAAGCGCCAGCGAGUGGCGUGAGACAA